UUAUUUAUACGGUAAUUCCUGUUAUUUCAAACCCGCCCGACCACACUCUCUCCAAAAUCCUCGUUCAAAUAUAACCAUAUAUCAACUACUUACCCUCGUCUUAAGCCAUGAUUUACUGAAAUAGACCCUCCCCCAAUUAUCCGCUUCUAUCCUGAUCCGUUCCGCACGUAAGUUGCUCAACACCGAUAAGGGUAGUUUCGUAAUUAUAUCUAUCAACAGAAACCGCCAUUUUCCACUCUCCCUUUCGCCUCUUCAAUCAACCUUACAGGAGCUAAAAAUACAGUUUUGGAGAAAGAAGAGAAGGGAAAGCAAAACUAAACACACAACGCAUAAGAGCGGGCUCGAGCGCGCGGUAUUGCGUCCGCUUACCAUUUCUACAAAAUAAACAGCCACCAUGUCAGUCGCUAACCCAGAGCCACAUCGAGCCAGCAGGUCUCGACAAACGAACCGACCCCCGUCAACUCGACACCAACAACAACAAUCAAGUAGAGUCCCGUUACGCCAACUCCUCCGAGUGACAUCAAUCGCUGGUGGGAUACAAUUCGGCUGGGCGUUACAGCUCUCUCUCUUAACACCCUACGUGCAGGAGCUAGGAAUCCCUCACAAAUGGGCCAGUAUAAUCUGGUUGUGCGGCCCAUUAUCGGGAUUGUUUGUGCAACCUCUUGUUGGCGUCAUGAGCGAUCGGUGCACCAGCCGGUUUGGAAGACGCAGACCGUUUAUUGUUGCGGGUUCGCUUUUGAUUGCGAUAUCGGUUUUGAUUAUCGGUCAUUCCGCUGACAUUGGGUGGUGGUUAGGCGAUAGAGGAGGUGUUAGACCAAGAGCAAUUGGCGCUUUUGUGUUUGGGUUUUGGAUUCUCGAUGUUGCUAAUAAUAUGACCCAGGGUCCUUGUCGUGCUCUUCUCGCUGAUCUUACUGGAAAAGAUCAUCGAAGAACUAGAGUCGCAAAUGCUUAUUUCUCACUUUUCAUGGCUAUUGGUAAUAUUCUUGGUUUUGCCACUGGAUCAUAUAAUGGGUGGUACAAGGUUUUUCCUUUUACUGUUACUUCUGCAUGCAAUAUUGACUGUGCGAAUCUCAAGUCUGCCUUUUAUCUCGAUGUUGUUUUCAUGGCAAUUACUGCCUGCAUAAGCAUCUCAGCAGCUCAAGAAUCACCUCUAGAUUUGCCGGCCAGAUCUAUGCUUGCUGAUGAGGAAAUGCCAGGCCAGUCAAACUCUGAACAAGAGGCUUUCCUCUGGGAGCUAUUUGGGACUUUUAGAUGUUUCCCAUCAACUGUAUGGAUAAUAUUGCUUGUUACUGCUCUGAAUUGGAUUGGUUGGUUUCCAUUUCUGCUCUUUGACACUGACUGGAUGGGUCGAGAAAUUUAUGGUGGCAAGCCAAAUGAAGGACAGAAUUAUAACACUGGAGUCAGAAUGGGUGCAUUUGGUCUGAUGUUCAAUUCAGUAAUUCUUGGAGUGACAUCUGUGCUCAUGGAGAAGCUCUGCAGCAAGUGGGGAGCAGGUUUCUUAUGGGGCCUUUCGAACAUCUUAAUGGCUCUCUGCUUUCUUUCAAUGCUUGUACUCUCCUAUGUGGCAAGCCAUAUUGGCUACAUGGGACAUAAUCUACCACCAGAUAGCAUUGUGGUAAUUGCACUAGUGAUUUUUGCAGUGCUUGGCAUGCCAUUGGCGAUCACUUACAGUGUUCCAUAUGCUAUGGUUUCCUCACGUAUUGAAUCCUUGGGACUUGGACAAGGGUUGUCAAUGGGUGUUCUCAAUCUGGCAAUUGUGCUUCCACAGGUGGUGGUUUCUCUGGGAAGUGGACCAUGGGAUCAAAUAUUUGGUGGUGGAAACUCCCCAGCCAUUGCUAUUGGAGCACUCGCUGCUUUUGCUGCUGGAAUUAUAGCCAUCUUGGGUAUUCCUCGAUCAGGAGUUCAAAAGCCCAUGGUCUUCUCAUGAGUUAUCAGUAUCUAUGAAAGCCUGUUUUGCUUUCAAUGCCUCCAUACAAUGCUUUCUCAUAAGGCCUUGGAAUCAUUUAAAAGACCUGCCUCAGGUAAAAAUUGUUUGAGCUAAUUACUGUUAACUAGUAAAUGAAGACAUGGCAGAAGACUUGGAAAAGUUUGCAUGGCAGUAGUAUUACUAUAUCAUCAUUGGACUUAUUUGCUCUGAAAUACAUGAGAAUAGUUUUGGAAAUACUUGACCUGUGCUUCAGACACUAGAAUGCGUGCAUGUGCAUGUUAAAAAAUCUAGGCGGGCGCUUUGAGAAAAAAGUGCUGGGAGUGUAACACAUCAUGGGGACAAUGUAGCUUACCUGUGCAAAGAUCAGCAAUGCAUACAAAAAUGGCAUCCGGAUAAAAACUGAUUUUCAUGUUGACAUGUGUGGUUUUUGUUAAUCAACACAAAUCGCAUCCAGCUAAGAACAGAUUAGCAUGCUGACAUGGUGGUUAGAGGCAGAGAUUUCUUGGUAUCUCCUACCAGUGACUAAUUCUGAAAUUAAGCAUCAACCUUUUUUCAGGAAAGAAAGAGGCAGGGUGAGGAGGAUGGAAUCUGUGAAUUUGUUCGAGUUUCUAGAGGAGUAUAAUCUUUAUUAAAUGUCAAAUCCUGGAAGGUCGUGUCGCUGUUGCCUAUCCUUUUCCUCCACAUUGAAACUUGCAUUUGGCGUUGUAUUUGGUUUUUCUUUUUUAUUACUAUUACUAUUACUAUUAUAAUCCCAAGAAAAAAUUCUGUUUGAA